CUGAGCUACAGCAACGUCUUUUCAUCUACAGCUACUGUCUAUUCUGGGUAUUAUAUUUUCUAAAUUUGUAUUAAAAUGGAAAAUCCACCAACAAAGAUGGAGCCAGCAGCCAGCGCCCAAGACGCUAAGCCACACAAACGCAAACUAACAAAGGAAGAGAAAAAGGCUAAAAGAUUAGAGAAGAAACGAUUGAAAGGUCUGAAGAAAAUUGAAAAGGAAAAGCAAUUAAUUCGCGAUCGUCUGAACCGCGAAGUAAAAUAUUCCAAAAAGAAUUAUGAAAAGGUCAAACGACAUUGGUUGGAGUUUAUGAAUAGGCUAAAAUCGGCCGAGCUGAAAAAGAAUUUGGACGAAACAUGGGCGGAAUUUCAGUACCUAUCUGAUUGGAAGGAUAAUUACAUACAAAUGAUGAUCGAUAAUCGUACGGAAUUGGAAGAAAAAUUUCAGUGGGACGGCGAGAAACAUCUAGAGUUGAUCAAUUAUCUGAUGAGUAUUUGUAAUUCUUUGGCCAAAUCACUAACAACAGUUUUCGAGACAGAGAUCAAUCACAUGUUGUCUGAAUAUCGAAAUGAGGAAUACAGGCAGCAUGUGUCUGCGCAACGUAAAACUUACAUCGAAAAUAUUUUUCAUGCAACAACAACUCAUGCAAUCGAUGCAAUGACUCGAAGUCGUAAUAAAUUUCUGGAAGACGAGAACGAACUGGCAAUAGCUCACAUUGUCAAACGUGAUGCCUUGAGAGACUCAAUCGUUGGGAAUAUGAAUAGAGUCUAUCAGCAAAUGUUGUCACUGUAUGAGGAUGUAAAAUCGAACAGUCAGACAACUGAUCGCGUCAAAGUGUACAAGGAGCUUAUGGAACAGGAACGAAUGCAUCGUGAAAAUAUUACAAUAAUUCAAAAGAAAUCGGAUUCGCUUGAAAAAGAAAUAGUCCAAUUGAAGGAUGAACUGCAAACACUUUUAGCCGAACACAAGAAGGUUCUCAAUAAAAUGAGCGAUGAAAAGCAUGAUUUGUCCGACAAAUUUCGAAACGUAACUGUCGACUUUGAGCUGAAAUUGAAAGAGGAUAAGGAAAUGCUAAAAUUCCUAGUUGUGGAGAGUGAAAAAACGUUAACCGACUUACGGUCAUUGUUGAAGAAAGGAAAAAAUAUUUUCGACAUCUCCCAAUUAUGUAAGAAGUACAAAACGGAGAAUGAAACUAUUCAGCCAUGGGACGAUAGAACUUUUAAAACAGAUAAAGAAGUCAAGGAUGCACUGAGUGAUCAUAAUCUGAAACACUUGUCGAAAAUGGACUUAUUUUGGUAUCGAACAUCAGUGGUACAAACGGCGAAUCGAGAACUGACCGAGGAAAAGAUUGAGCUACAGAAAGAAAAUGAAAAUCUUCAACAAUUAGUCCGUAGUUAUUUCCAGCAACAGCAAUACAAAUCGGAUGUAGAAUCAUUAAAUAUAAAUAAGUUCGUAACUGCAAUCAUACCUACGCAAGAGGCUGCCCAAAUGUUCAAACGAAAACGCAACGAAUAAAUUUUCAUUGACUUUGUUA